AUGGUCGGUCUUGGUCCUAAGAAGCCGCCUUCCCGCAAGGGUACAGCACAUGCCCGUUUCGCGCUGCGUGCUUCAACAUACCGCAACCGUCACGGGCAGCCCUAUUUGGAGCUCAAUGCCACCCUUCCCACCAGAUUGCCCACCGUCCUAUCAGAUCCCACUCGGGUGUUGUGGCUGCUCGAAUUCCCUCAAAAGGGAACCCCGCCAAGUGCCGUUGCUUGA